AGCCGUUCAUGGAGAGCGCAACCCCCCUGCGCGCAGAGGAGCAGCGGCGCUCCGCGGAUCUGGCACCCUGGCAUCAAAAUGCUGAUAGCUGAGAAGACAGCUGAUCGCCCUGCCCCUGAGUACUGCCUGGUGGAAGACGCAGCCCUCCACUCCGCUUGUUUGAUGGACGGGCUGAAUGAGCAGCGCCUCUUCCAGCCAGACCUGUGCGACGUGGACAUCGUCCUGGUGCAGCAGGAGAGCCUCUUCCCAGCCCACAAGGGGGUCCUUGCUGCCUCCAGCCGGUUCUUCCACUCCCUCUUCACCCAGAACAAGCAGCUGCAGCGGGUGGAGCUCUCCCUGGGGGCCUUGACCCCCCUCGGUCUUCAGCAGAUCCUGAAUUUCAUCUACACCUCGAAGCUGCUGGUCAACGCCUCCAAUGUUCAGGAUGUCCUGAGCGCUGCGUCCGUCUUGCAGAUGAGCAGCAUCGCUUCCUCCUGCCGGGAGCUCCUCACCACCCGAGCUCUCGGCUUGGCCGUGACCAACAAGAUGGCCUUGACUCCAGACAGCUGUGGCAGAGCUGGGCCACCUCCCCAGUUCUACCGUGACAUCAAGCAAGAAGUGGACCCCCCGCGUCCCAAGAUCUUCGCCCGAGAAGGGGACAUCCCGUAUUCUGUGCGGGUGGAGGAUGGCGACCAGAACCAUCCAUCCGUGGCCAGCAAGACGUUCUACAAGGAGGAGAAAAGCGGCGUCCCUCCUGUCUGCAAGGUGGAAGGGGACGCGUCUGAGGCGCCCCUGGCCAGCCGAGGCUCCUACAGCCGUGGCGAGCAAAUCAUUGUGGAGGUCAACCUGAACAACCAGACCCUCAAUGUCUCCAAAGGCACAGAGGGACAGCCUUCAGCCGCCAGCCAAGUGGCUACGGUGGCCACAGAGGCUGGGCGGCCAGAAGGAGAAGGGCAUUCCUCUGUGGGCGAACCAGAACAAGAAAACGGGGACGGGGAAGAUGAGGAUGCAGAAGUGGGGGAUGAAGGUGAGGAGCAGUCUGAAGAGGAAGACCUGGAAGAUACCUCUGAAGAGGAGGAAGAGGAGGAGGAGGAGGAGGAGGAAGAGGAGGAAGAGGAGGAGGACAAAGGGGACAAUGACAGUAAUGACGUAGCAGCUGAGAUUAAAGGGGAGAAGACGGGAGCGCCCCACAGGACUAGGCAGCUUGCCAAGGCCACCGGGUCAGCCGUCUCCCAAAAAACUGCCAAAGUUGCCACCAUGACGGAAGAAGAGGGAGAGGAGGAGGAGGAGGAAGAGGAAGGAGCUGAGGAGGACAAAGGGGAGGACCAGAGAGUCAAGAAGCAGAAGAAGGAACAGGAUAGCCAUGGCCAGAAGGUCAAGCUGGAGGAGAAGCAGCAUUACCCUUGCAAGAAGUGCCCCCGGGUUUUCAACAACCGCUGGUACCUGGAGAAACACAUGAACGUCACACACAGCCGCAUGCAGAUCUGCGACAAGUGUGGCAAGAGGUUCCUGCUGGAAAGCGAGCUGCUCUUGCACCAUCAGACAGACUGUGAGAAGAACAUUCAGUGCAAUACUUGCGGGAAGGCUUUUAAGAAACUGUGGUCCCUGCACGAGCAUAACAAAAUUGUCCACAAUUACGCGGAGAAGAAGUUUUCCUGUGAGAUCUGUGAGAAGAAGUUCUACACGAUGGCGCAUGUGCGGAAACACAUGGUUGCUCACACCAAGGACAUGCCUUUCACCUGUGAGACGUGUGGGAAAUCAUUCAAGCGCAGCAUGUCUCUGAAAGUACAUUCCCUUCAGCACUCGGGGGAGAAGCCGUUUAAAUGCGAGAACUGCAACGAGAGAUUCCAGUAUAAGUACCAGUUGCGCUCGCACAUGAGCCUCCACAUCGGGCACAAGCAGUUCAUGUGCCAGUGGUGCGGGAAGGACUUCAACAUGAAGCAGUACUUCGAUGAGCACAUGAAAACACACACAGGUGAAAAGCCAUACAUCUGUGAGAUCUGUGGGAAGAGCUUCACCAGUCGUCCCAACAUGAAACGCCACCGCCGGACCCACACAGGAGAGAAGCCCUACCCUUGCGACGUCUGUGGUCAGCGUUUCCGCUUCUCCAACAUGCUCAAGGCCCACAAGGAGAAGUGUUUCAGGGUCAGCAACCCGACAGCUGCAGAACCCAACCGAGAUACAAACUCCUUUGGUCUCCCCACUCCCCAGAACACCAACUCAACUCAUUUGAUGGCCGGAGUUCCAGUCCAUUCGACGUCACAUUCCCAUGCGCUUCCUCUGCCUCUUGUGCAUCAUGCGCACAGCAUACCUCCUCCUCCUCUUUUACCACCACCGCCAGCUCUCUUCCCGGGUAGCAGAGUGAAUAUGAACAACUAGACCCUGAUCAGCCUGGUGCAUCAAACUGGCUCGUAGUUCCACAGGUCUUUCGAGUGCCAUUGAUCGUUGCAGGAAACAUUUUGGUUGGGCAUCAUCUUUGGGUCUUAGUUGGAGGGCCCUGAGGUUCUUGCCCUUCAACAGAAGCAUCAGGAACCUGGAGACCACCAUUGCUGCUCAAAUUCCCCAAGCCUUGAGGAUAACAUUCUCAUCUGUGCUCAUGUAAGGAUGCAGACCAGCUUUGCUUGGUCUGUUCUUCUGAUAACGCGUUGGACUUCCAGGUCCUGUAAUCCUCCAGUCUGCAUGGAUGGUGUAGAAGAAAUUAAUGUGUUGUUUUUUGACUGCGAAGAUCUAGAGAAGAUGCCUUGGUACAGCUUGCCGGUUAGGAAGGUACGGGCAAGGACUUUUCAAACCUAUCUGGUCAGAGGUGGGUUUCAGGGAGUAAGAUGGAUAUGUGGGUUUCUCUUGGAGUUUGAAGGGCUGAGAUGCUUUUGCCCAGGACAAGAAGGUUGGAAGAAAGCCCUGUAGCUUCUCAAGUUCCUCUGAACAGGAAUGGAAAAAUAUGGAAACAUAUGGGGACAUUCAGUUCCCGUGGAACUGAAAGGAAAUGGCAAGAUGUGGACAGUAAAGCUAUACUUGGUGCGAGAAAGUGGAUGCUUGAAUGUGUGAGCAUGCAGCACCUUCUUCCAAGACCAGCUUCUUGCCCAUCCCUUGGUGCAGCUAUCCAUUUCUCAACUUCUGUAGCUUGACGCUCACCUGGCCUCCUCUGAUGCUUGCAGGCUAGAGAUGAGGUUUCUCUUCACUAAUAGUCCCUUGAAAACAGUAGAACAUUAGGAGACUUUUUCUUGAUGACCAUCUGGGUCCCACCAUCAGGCUUAAUUCAAGCAUCCUUGGGAGGGAUGGAGACAGCAUCCAGCCUAAACACCAUCACAAGUCUGCAAAUCCUUGAUUUCUACUCUACACAUACUAUUCUUGAGCAGGAUAACACACUUCCCCAAGAAGACUCCUCUGGAAACUGACCUAUCUUCUCUGCAAGCUCUUUUUCUACUGUUUUGUAGGAAGACAUCGAGCCUUUAAAAAUAUUUUUUUUAGCAUUAAGCAUUGGUGGUUCUAACUUUUUUUUUUUGCACUUUAUUAUAUUGAAUCCUAAGAGCUCUUCCGCAAUAGGACAUCUGUAAGUUAUUCCAGACUCUCUUACAGAAGACCAGAACUUGGGGGCAUCGUUGGCUCAGCCAUUCUACAGUUGUUAUUCAUCAUCAAGGCAAAGGCCCCUUCAGUCCACAUAAAAGCGGGCCAUGUUUCAAACAUUGACCCAUACUCAUGCACGCAUACACACCAUAAGGGUUUCACUGUGUCUUUGCUUUGGGGUGAUGCGUCCUCUUCCCUGCCCCAACUUUCACAUCUUUGGCAAAGCUUGGUGGAUCCUCUUUGGCUAGAACGUCCAAGACCUUUCUUUGUUUGUGUGUACGUCCACGUGAGCAGGGCUGGCCCCUGGAACAACAGCCAUAAUGCCUGAAUGGACAAGGAAGAUGCUGCAGGAAGGCUGUGGCCCCCCCAAAAUGUUCAAGAUAGUGCAAUAACGGUGAAGUGGUGCACAAAGGGCACAUACUGAACUCUUGAGGGCUGAUUGUACAAUCUUCCUUCCUGGUAUGACCCUCAGGUCAAAUGCUUAAGGUGGUGGUUAACAUUGGAAAGAGAGAUGCUCACGUCCUUUGAAACUUUGGUAGUGUAUA